UGUGCGUACCAUAUUUAGGAUCAAGAAAAAUUCUGUAAGUUAUUCGGUUGACUACUAGUGUGGGCGAGUAUUCCCCUGUUGUGUCUGCUGAGCGAGAGAGCGCUCUGCCCGCAUUAAGUAUUGAUUGGAAGCCGCUGAGUAUUGAGUGAAAAGCAGUGUGCUCACUGCUGUCGACAAGUGCUCGUUCAUCAUCUGACUCGCACACGGAAAGCCUUUCGGACUCAACGUGGUUACAGCAACUACUCUGUGAAGGUUUCUGUUCCGACAUUGUCGGCUUUCACACAACGCCCAUGAAAACCUUUAUAUCGCCAAACCCAGCUACAACAUUGUCUCCAUCUUUCAGCUAGAUCCAAGCAGACUCUCAAUCCGAACAACUAUGUCGGACAAUAUCAAGUCACCUAGCGUCGUGGCUGAGCAUAUUGAGCCUGCACCGGAUGCUGAGAGCGAUGCAGCUUCCAUCAAAAGCUCUGACAACUCGACCACUUCGACUGAGGAAUUCGGACAUGAGCCCUUUGACACCUUCCAGUUCAAGGCGGUGGAGCUAUGCGAAAAGCAGUGGCCGAAUCUCUCCAAGGACGCCUUCACAGUCACACAUAUGGAUGGCGGCUCCUACAACCGCGUCCUCGGCGUGCAAGUUGACGGCUCUUGGAGGCAGGCGAGCUGGCUGAAGCGUCAAGCACAAAUGCUUCUUCGCACGGCCUGCCCGGGUGUAAUCCGGAAGACAGAAAUUAGAGAUUACGUCCUGCGUAUACCACGCAUGGAGCAUGCGUGGGUUGAACAUGAAGUUUCUAUCCUCAAGUUUCUCGCAGCGACAAGCCUUCCAGUACCUAGGAUUAAGAUCUUCAGCCUCUCAGCGGAGAACCCAGUCGGUAGCCCAUACAUGAUCCAGCCACGUCUUCCAGGGAAGGCCGUAAUUGAAGUCUAUCUUGAGCUGAACACGCCCCAACGUGUUUCAUUCGCAAGAGAUCUGGGUCGCGCACUGAAGAAGAUGGGCGAGAUCCAAUCCCCCUCUCCCGGCACACUGAAUCCUGACAGCAUACUCGCCGGAUCAUCAGAAACUCAACUUCUUCGCUUACAGUGCCCACCACGGAACGCAUUUCGCCAGUCUGAAGACGCCUCUGUGCCAUCUACGCCUCAGACUGUGUACGAAUUCUUCAUGUCGCAAUUCGCUCGUCAGCGCGCAUACGAUCUUACCCUCCACCGCGACUACCUGAACCCAUGGAACCCUUUUGAAGCCAUUAUCCGACAUCUACAUACGAUGGGUCACCUGGACAACAACAUCUACGUAUUGACACACAUGGAUCUGGAGCCCCGAAACAUGCUCCUUCACGUCACAUCACCUACCACUGCCUCCUUGUCUGCAAUCCUCGACUGGGAUGAGACGGUCUUCGCUCCAGCUUUCACAAACUGCCGGCCGCCAUUCUGGCUCUGGGACUCUGAAGGCAACGAAGACGAAGACAUGGAUGAGGCCGAUGCUCAUAUUACACCCAACGAUGCUGAUCGUGCGGCUGUGAAAAAGGCAUUUGAGGACGGUGCUGGUGAGGAGUAUUGUAAGUGGGCCUACACGAUAGAGUAUAGACUUGCGCGAGACAUUGCAAAGUUGGCUAUCACGGGCUUUUUCUCUAACAUGGACUAUGAUGUCGCCGAGAAGGUCGUCAAGGAGUGGAAUGAGAUGUUCCCACACUUGAAGGUCUGUGGGAUAUCUGAUUUUGAUGAAGAUGAGUAGGGUCGUAAUACUUUGCAAUUCCGUCACAAUAUUCUAGGGGAGGUGCCACAAAAAGUACAGCAAUAAUACGCCGUGUAUAAUGCGCCUGCGUACAACCUCUCUAUUCUUGUUCUUCUUCCAAAUGUUCACUAUCCUUCUGUCAGCAGCACUAGAGUUGAUGGGGUCAAUGCGG